GUUCUUCCUUCUUGUGUUUGUUCAGUUGUAAUAUUCAGAGACCAUUAAGUUGAAUUUGAUGGUUGAAUGUUCAGACGAGCUUCGCUUGCGGCGUAAAAGUUUGCAGUACUGAAACCGUUGCUGUCUGUGUAAGUACCGAUGACGAUGAAGCUUUGAAAGUUGACAUCUCUGUUCCUUGGUAUUGUCUCCGUAUGUGAGUGUCAUCAGAUUUAGUUUGAGAUACCUGUCACACAGAACAUCCUUGGUGAAAUAAUGUCCGAGGAAUGGCGACUGAAGCAGGUGAUGUCUCCGUACCCGAAUCCGUCUACACCGAUGUUCACUACCCCGCGAUCGCCAUCGGGGGUUGCUUUGUUCUCAUAGCAUUGGUGCUGUCCACUUUCCUCAUUCUCCAGCAUCUGCGACACUAUACAAGGCCUGCCGAGCAAAAAUGGAUUGUUGGAGUGCUUUUCAUGGUUCCAGUCUAUGCCACUGAAUCAAUCAUAUCCCUUUGGAAGCCGAAACUUUCCCUUGCUUGUGACAUCUUGAGGAACUGUUAUGAAGCAUUUGCCCUGUAUUCUUUUGGAAGCUACUUGAUUGCUUGUCUAGGUGGAGAAAGAGCAGUUGUAGAACUUCUCGAAGAUGAGUCGAGAAAACUUCUGCUGGAUAGAGGGGAUGAGGGUCUAGAAAAGCAGCAUCACUCAUUCUGGAACUUCUUCUGUUGGCCGUGCGUGCUGGGGAAAGAUUUGUUGACCAUUGAAAAGUUCGGCCUCGUACAAUAUAUGAUUCUGAAGACGGUCUGUGCAUUCCUAGCUCUGAUAUUGGAGCUUCUCGGAGUCUACGGCGAUGGGGAAUUCAAGUGGAACUAUGGGUAUCCAUACAUAGCAGUGGUGCUGAACUUCAGUCAGAUGUGGGCCCUAUAUUGCCUAGUGCAGUUCUACAACGUGACUCACGAGAGGCUGAAACCGAUAAAGCCGCUCGCAAAGUUCAUCAGUUUCAAGGCCAUCGUUUUCGCGACUUGGUGGCAAGGUGUUGGGAUUGCCCUCCUCUGUACAUUCGGGGUUCUCCCGAAGAAAGGGAAAUUGCAGACUGGACUUCAAGAUUUUCUGAUCUGCAUAGAGAUGGCAAUUGCAGCAGUCGCGCAUGUUUUUGUGUUCUCAGUCAAACCGUACCGUUACGUUCCAAUUUCCGAGUACCAGAAGGUUGUUACUGAGACCACCACGGAGGCAGUGAUGUUACGCAAGGGCAACAAUGAGAAGCGGGCUCUGCUGGAAAGGACUGAGUCUAAGGUCGAGGUUCCAGGAACAAGUGUAACCGAGAGUGUUCAAGAUAUCAUCGUUGAGGGUGGUCAAACGGUCGUUAAGGAUGUCGUGUUGACAAUAAACCAAGCGAUAGAACCGGUGGAGAAGGGGGUGACGAAGAUUCAGGAGACAUUCCAUCAUAAGACUGUGGAAACCGAGGAUGGCGAUGAAGAGGAGGUGGAGGCAACGGAGCUCGUGAGACAAGAUAGCAAGGGAAGCGAGACUGUUGUGAACAUUGAAGAAAGCAGCAAGGGAAGCGAGACUGUUGUGAGCAUUGAAGAGAGCGUGACUGAGAAGGAUACGAGUAAGAACGAUGGGAGCCGCAGUCCUGGCCAACAUGGGACGUGAUCGCACCAGAAGUUUGAGCUUUAUAGAUGAAAAGUUUUAAGGUUUCAAGCUUUCCAAUUUCAGCUUUACAUUAAUCUUCUUGUAAUGGGUAUGCAGAUACGGAUUCAGUAGUCCGUUCAGUUUAUUCAGUGGACGUACCGGCGCAUUAAGGAUUGUUGGAUCUUGCAAUUUGCAAGUGAUAUUCACAAGU